AUGCACGACCUUAAGCCGCUCGUCUUCCCUCACAUGCCCGCCGUGCGCAAAUCUUCAAAGGGCUCGUUAAUCAUGUACGAGGAUCCAACUCUGUCUGUCUGCUCCAAUGCAGACUCUGGCUUCUACUCUGCAUCCGAGUGCUCGACGCCGCCCACGCCAAGCCAGUACAUCCGUGGUCACUUCCGCUUUCCCAGCUCGGCUUCGUCAUUGUCGUCGAGCCCGCCAACCUACGACCCAGCCGACGCCCCCAAUGGCUCAGGAAAGCUACCCAAACUGACAGAAGAACCCUUUGAGCGCGAGUACGACUUCGUUGGCCACGACGUCUACCGCUGCUCUUGCGACACCCAAGGUUCCUAUGGUCAUGCACAGCACUGCAGGAUAUCUAGGGCAUAUGACCCCCAGGACGAGUACUUCACCACCCUCGACUCUGGACUACAAUCGGCAAAGCGAAGACGGUCAUUGGAAGCCUCUGCACACAGCAUUGCUGGCAAGAUUGAGAGGCGCUUCCCCUCGCUGUCGCGCAGAGUGCGCGACCGCACCUCGAACCUCAGCAGGGUAUCGCGCAGCACAACACCCUCACGAGUACCCUCGACACGCUCCUCGUCACUCGCUGGCUCCCUCUACCAGGCGUCGACUGUCGACCUCGCAACUGAAUACUCGCCGCCCACCUCCAGCCCUGCUUUGAUCAGCAGGGAGCAAGUAAACGAGGAUGUUCCUACGCCACUUGCCAUCGAUGUUGACAGGGCCAAUGCCAUGGACAUUGACUUUGAUCCAGAGGAGGUAGAACGAGAGCGAUAUGCCGCUACGCCACUCUUACCGCCCAUGCUCGUACACUCUCGGACCGAAGACGUACCGGCCUCUUCGCCUUUGCAGUCGCCAGCAGUUGCUGACACGACUCAGUCAGCGGGUCUAGCUUAUGCUGCCACCCCUCCAACGCGCACCUACCCUACACCCCCUCUCUCCUCGAAGCCCUCGUACGCAUCCAUGCGAGGACCAAACGCAGGGUUUGCCGUGGCAUCGGCCGAUAUCCCUCCCCUGAUGCUCGCCAGUCCGGACGACAAAUGGGCUAACAUCUUGGGCCACGCCAACUUCACCAUCCUCCCCGAGCCUUACAUUCCCGAAGUGUGCGACUCUGCAUCUAUCGAAGAGCACCUGGCCGAGUGGGCCCAAGCGCGGCGCAAUUAUGCAAAGCACCAAGUGCGCACCGCCGAGCAUUAUGGAGUAACAUCGAAGCACUAUCUUCUCACCGAACAAAAAUGGGCUGAAAUCGACGCCGAAUGGAAGAUGAACCAUGACAUGGCCAAGGCACAUGCGGCUGCCCUUGGCGAAGAGCUUGCGCCAUACUCUCCCACGGAGCCAGGGCCCCUCAGCAAGAUGCCAACGCUCCACGACCCGAAGAGCGAGGGUAAAUUCCCCAAUCUUGGUGACGAGGACAUUGUCGGUCCCAUGCAACAAGCCGCUGCACUAAUUCCCGCCAACCCUUCACGCAAGCGCGCAUUUUUCAGGUUCCUCAACGACCUGCGGUUUCCUAGUUCGUUCCUAGGCCGUUCCUCGAAUGGCACCCGAGGAUAUUAG